CCCGCCUCUUCCGGUGCGUGCCGCAUCAUGGCGCAGGGGCAGCGCAAGUUCCAGGCGCGGAAGCCGGGGAAGAGCAAGGCGGCGGCGGCGGCGGCGGCCUCCGAGCGGAACCGAGGCCCGAGGAAGGGUGGUCGUGUCAUCGCCCCCAAGAAGGCACGCAUCGUGCAGCAGCGAAAGCUCAAGAAGGACCUGGAGGUCGGGAUCCGGAAGAAGAUCGAACAUGACGUGGUCAUGAAAGCCAGCGCCAGCCUGCCCAAGAAGCUGGCCCUGCUGAAGGCCCCCGCCAAGAAGAAGGAGGCAGCCUCUUCCUCCUCCACCAAGACGCCUUCCUAAGGACACCAGCCCAGUGGAGGCCAUCGGCACAGCCUCCGUGCUCAGAUCCAUGCCGGUGACCCCGCAGGUGGCACCGCAAGGAGGAGCCGAGCUCUCCAGAGCCUUGGGUUCAUGCACCUCGAGUUUCCUUGGGGAAAGAGUAGGUGAGCCCAAGAGUAGGUGAGCCGCGGACCUGAAACGCACCGGUCAGACUCCCAGGGCCCGAAGAACCCCGGAAGCGGAGGAAAUGUCCGCUGGUUUCUUGUGUCCUUGUCCUCCUCCUCAGGUCUUCUCUCCACUGGUUUAACCCAGAGCAAUAAACCUGACCGCCGUUCCUCCCGCA